AUGGAACUUCACUCCGCGGAUUUGAAUAGACCCGCCGGACGGCAUAGUGCACACUGGAGUACACCCUGCCUAGGUAGGGUGUACUCCUGGAGUGCAUCCUGCCUAGGCAGGGUGCACUCCUGGAGUACGAUUUUGGGGGAGUACGCUGUGCCGCCCACACCGGGUCCGUUCCUCAACGGGAUCAAGUGGGACGUGAACAUUUUCGAUGACACCGUGUUCCAACCGUACCCGAGGACCCAGGCUGAGGCCGAGAGUCAGGGUUUCACCCAAAUCGGAUCCGGAACCUGCGAGGAGGGAUUCGCUGGGCACAGGUACGCGCUCAACGGGGAUUACUCAGUCAUCGUCGUCUACGAUGUCAAUGGGUACAUCGCUGGAAUUCAGAACGCCAUAAGUCAAGCGGAUGCUGAGGCCAACUCAGGAGGGUUCCCCUUCGAGGCUCAGCCGGCUUUCCGUCCCGACAACAUCGACGGUGUCGAUUACUGGGUUCUAACUGCCUACUUCGUCGACCCCGCUCAAGUUUGCGUCGGAAGAACGUCCGAAGAGUUCGAUGAAUUCGGCACAGGAACCGGACUCUUCAUCGUAACCGGACCCGGCGCCAUGGAUUACGACGCAAUUCCCUCCAAGCAGGAAGAUGCGGAGCUCUCGGAAUGGGUCUAUGGACGUUGCUUCGUCUCCAUGGGUGAGUGGACCAUAGUUGGCACCCAGCAAUGGCUCUUUGGGGCACCACGGUGCCCCAAAGCUGUCAUCGCACCAGACACUUUCAAGUACGCCCGGGAACGGCGCCUGCCAAAAACGCCAGCAUCAUCUGCUCAAGUUUGCGUCGGAAGAACGUCCGAAGAGUUCGAUGAAUUCGGCACAGGAACCGGACUCUUCAUCGUAACCGGACCCGGCGCCAUGGAUUACGACGCAAUUCCCUCCAAGCAGGAAGAUGCGGAGCUCUCGGAAUGGGUCUAUGGACGUUGCUUCGUCUCCAUGGGUGAGUGGACCAUAGUUGGCACCCAGCAAUGGCUCUUUGGGGCACCACGGUGCCCCAAAGCUGUCAUCGCACCAGACACUUUCAAGUACGCCCGGGAACGGCGCCUGCCAAAAACGCCAGCAUCAUCUGGUCUGGAUUAG